CGAAGCGUCUUAAAUCCAGGUAGAGAACCAGCUCCGGUGGUCUCGGCGUUUCGGCGUAAGAGCAGAGAGGGAAGUGCCUCCAUGUCGGACAACCAAAGCUGGCAUUCCUCCGGCUCAGAAGAAGAUCCCGAGACAGAGUCGGGGGCGCCUGUUGAGCUCUGUGGAAUCCUCAGCAAGUGGACCAACUACAUCCAUGGAUGGCAGGACCGCUGGGUGGUAUUGAAAAACAACACUCUAAGUUACUACAAAUCUGAAGAUGAAACGGAAUAUGGCUGCAGAGGCUCAAUCUGUCUGAGUAAAGCUGUCAUCACACCUCAUGAAUUUGAUGAAUGCAGAUUUGAUAUUAGUGUAAACGAUAGUGUUUGGUAUCUACGUGCUCAGGAUCCAGAUCAUAGGCAGCAAUGGAUAGAUGCAAUUGAACAGCACAAGACUGAAUCUGGCUAUGGAUCGGAGUCAAGUUUGCGACGUCAUGGCUCUAUGGCAUCCCUUGUAUCUGGAGCAAGUGGGUACUCUGCAACAUCAACCUCUUCAUUCAAGAAGGGCCACAGUUUGCGUGAGAAGCUUGCUGAAAUGGAAACCUUCAGAGAUAUAUUGUGCAGACAAGUUGAUACAUUACAGAAAUACUUUGAUGCCUGUGCCGAUGCUGUCUCCAAGGAUGAACUUCAGAGAGAUAAAGUGGUAGAAGAUGAUGAAGAUGAUUUUCCUACAACACGUUCAGAUGGAGAGUUUUUGCAUAAUACUAAUGGAAGUAAAGAAAAAUUGUUUCCACAUGUUACACCCAAGGGAAUAAAUGGUAUAGAUUUUAAAGGUGAAGCUAUAACGUUCAAAGCAACAACAGCUGGAAUCCUUGCUACACUUUCCCAUUGUAUUGAAUUAAUGGUAAAACGUGAGGAGAGUUGGCAGAAAAGGUUGGAUAAGGAGGUUGAAAAAAGGAGGCGAAUAGAGGAAGCAUACAAAAAUGCAAUGACAGAACUAAAAAAAAAAUCUCAUUUUGGAGGACCAGAUUAUGAGGAAGGUCCCAACAGUUUGAUUAAUGAAGAAGAAUUCUUUGAUGCUGUUGAAGCUGCUCUAGAUCGUCAAGACAAAAUAGAAGAACAGUCCCAAAGUGAAAAAGUCAGAUUACACUGGCCAACUUCCCUGCCACCUGGUGAUGCUUUUUCUGGAGUGGGGAAUCAUAGAUUUGUCCAAAAGCCCUAUAGUCGCUCUUCCUCCAUGUCUUCCAUUGAUCUAGUCAGUACCUCUGAUGAUCACAGAUUCAGCUCCCAGGUGGAAGAGAUGGUGCAGAACCACAUGACAUACUCGUUACAGGAUGUAGGGGGUGAUGCUAACUGGCAACUAGUAGUUGAAGAAGGUGAAAUGAAGGUGUACAGGAGGGAGGUAGAAGAAAAUGGCAUUGUUCUAGAUCCAUUGAAGGCCACACAUGCAGUCAAAGGAGUUACAGGGCAUGAGGUCUGCCACUAUUUCUGGAAUGUUGAUGUUCGCAAUGAUUGGGAAACAACCAUUGAAAAUUUCCGUGUUGUAGAAACCCUAGCUGAUAAUGCAAUCAUCGUCUACCAAACACAUAAGCGAGUAUGGCCUGCUUCUCAACGUGAUGUGCUGUAUUUAUCUGCUAUUAGAAAAAUACCAGUUUUAAAUGAAAACGACACUGAAACAUGGAUUGUCUGCAACUUCUCUGUAGAACAUGAUAGUGUUCCUACAAACAAUCGAUGUGUUCGUGCCAAAAUAAAUAUUGCUAUGAUUUGCCAGACAUUGGUAAGCCCUCCAGAAGGAAACAAAAUAAGCAGAGACAACAUCCUAUGCAAGAUUACAUAUGUAGCAAAUGUGAACCCUGGAGGCUGGGCACCAGCUUCUGUACUACGGGCAGUAGCAAAACGAGAGUAUCCCAAAUUCUUGAAACGAUUCACAUCAUAUGUACAAGACAAAACAGCUGGGAAGCCUAUUUUGUUCUAGUAUUAUCAGUGAUUGGAACAAGGCUGUGUGAACAUUCCAUUUGGAGAAAUGAACCAAAAUGAAGGCUCCAAGCUGGAACGUAGGAUCUACAGUCUUAUGGGCCAAGUCCUGCAUUCUGUACACAACUGAAGAAUACUGCAAUGCCAUGAACUUGAAUUUUCACUGUCUUCUGCUAGUUCACUUUGCUGAGUUGAUGUGUAAUUAUAAAAAUACAUGUGUUGAUACAUGUAUAUGGCUCUGUUUGCUUGCUCUAGAGGAGAAUACUACAAUUUUGGGUCACCAACUUGGUUCAUUGCUUUAACUUUUGAAUAAUUUGAGGAGAUUUCGUUUACUGUGGGACUUCAUAAGACACUUGCACAGUUCUUGUUUUUGUGUACGUCUAAAAAGCACAAGAGACGGAAUACACAUCUAGCAUACCAUAUGUGCUUUAUGUACACAAAAACAUUAUGUUAUAACUUUUUUUCCCAUCAGGUUUUCAGUAAAUUCUGUGUCCUUUCAGAGGGGAUUUGUGUAUGCUUGUAUAAUCAUAGUUCAUUGCUGCUGAGUUUCUAUGAGAAAUCAUAUUAUGUAAAACUUCUCUUAAAAUAUGAGGGCUGUCAGGAUCUUUAUGACUUGCCUUUUCUAUAGUCUUGCUCCGAUGAAGGCCUUCUGUGGUCUGAUGGAGUAGGCAUGAAAAGCUUUAUUUUUUUCAGAUAUCUUUAUAUUUCUAUUUUUAAUUUCAGUUGUGUAAUAUGUGCUAUAGAAAUUUAAUUCCAGAACAUGAUCCCAAAAAGAUAUUAUCUUUUGGUAAUAUCUAGAGUUAUUACUAGAUACUAUAUAAGAAGGCCUGACUGCCAGAGAACAGCUACUGCUGUAUCUUGCCCAGAUUGUGUGAAUAUGGGCUGCUUUCUAGCAAUUGGAACUUUAACACUGUGUAAUAUUUAUUGAGUUAAAUUGGAUUGCUGAAGAUAACAUUCCCAGUCUUGGUGGGGAAAAAUGCUAUUGUUUAGUCCUACAUGUUGUUUCCCAUUGAGUAAAGCUAUGCUAUGAGAUUCAUCUAUAAAAACUUGCCAUACACUUAACAUUUGCCCUAUGACCUGACUUGUCAGAUAUGAAAACAAAUGAAAUCUAAAGAGAGUUCCCCUUAGUUGCUAUGAGAAGUUAACUGUCAAGGAUCUGACUGUCUUUAAUAUCAAGAAAUACAAUCUACAAAGGGUGAACUGUAUGAAAAGACUGGUGGUCCUUUUGAGGAAAUGCCUUGGGUUGUACUUUUAAAGUGAGAUUAGCCAGAUGACCUUUUUAGCUGUCAGCUUGUGUAUAUAUAUAAAGAGAGAAACAAGAUUUGGAUAUAUUUUUGAAAAAAGCAGAAAGUCUUUAUUUCAUAUAGAGUAGCUGAUGCCUGAAAACAAAUAUAAUACUUUUUAAUGAAGAUUCAGCUAAUGAAAAUCUUCAAGGUUGGAAGCAAAUUAGUUUGGGUAUAAACUGAUGUGUCUUUGGUACACUAAAACAGGCACACUCUAAGGUUGUUUUAUGUACAUGUAUACAGAAUUCAUGCUUUUUAGUAUCCUUUAUUUGCCUUUCUCUAAAUAAUGUGCAUGGAAAAUGCCUUACUACAGAAUAAUUCUGAUCAUGAUUUAAAAUGUAGAAAAGUGCCUAUAGGGUAAUGCUGGCAAGGCAAAGAGUAAAGAUGAUGAAUUUGAUCUGUUUACUAUCUCACCAGUAAGCAUUUUGUAUACCAUUUCUUAUACCUCAGAUAAGUUUAAUAUUUUUGCAAUCAACUGGAAAAAAUUACUUGUUCACCAUAGCCACUGAUGGGAACUUCAAUAUCAAAGUAAUACUUAGACCCUGAAAACGAAACCAACAAUUUGCCAUUCCUGAUUAUGAUCAUGGAACACAUGCAGAUAACUAUUAUUUAAUUGGAUAGCUUUAUUUUAGAAAGAGAUGAAAAGUUUACAAAGCAGUUUAUAAAUCUUAAUGUCAUUAGUUGCAUUUGCACUAAAUGUGAUGUAUUUUGCAAAUCUGUAAAUAAAAAUUACACUAAAAAAUACUAUUUGUAAACUAAGCUUUACUUUUAGACAAGAGUUGUCACUUCAUUACAGCUAGCCCAGCCCAAUCUGUCUUGAAAUUUCUUAGGAUGUAUAAUAAAAUAAUUGUGGUCUGUGCUUGCCUAGUAGUUUUUAAUGUUUUUUCCUGGAACAAAUUUUUAUUUUUAUUUUCCAAUUGAUUAGUGGCUCUUUUCAUCUAGCGCAUCCAUCCACCUGAGACUUUACAAGUGGCAUCUUUUGCUAUAAUAACCAAUGAGCAAAUAAUAGUCCUUACAGUUUUUUUAUGAACUAAACUCUAUAGUUAAAUUCCGUGGAUGUAGGUGGCUUUACUGUAUCUCUUUAUCUUAUUGUUCCAAAGACUGAAUAGCCACCAGAACCAACAUUAACGUUAGAAUCCUAUCAGAUGGUGGACUUUCAUUUUUAGCUGGGAAGGGACAACAUAUUGAUACCUAUCUGGUUUUUUAAAAUCUUUUUUAUUAUUAUUAUAUUUUGCAAUCGGACUAAAUGUUAUAAAAUCCUUGAAGGGGUUAGAGAUGGAAUGCUCGGUCAUCUUGAAAGAAAUUUCUCUUACUUUAUUUGAGUUGAGCUGACUUGUAAGAAGUUAUACUGGUUCUCAUUAAUCAAAUGGUUAAGUCAAUUUUUCACAAAUCUUUUUGUCAACUGUUCAUUAUAUAAAUGAAGGUGUAUUUGAGUUACCAUGUUCAAUGACAUGCUCAAAUUAUGAAUCAGUUUCUAGAAUGUCCCGAGUGUGUAAAAUGUGACUCUUCUUCUAUGAUAGCUUUAUGAUCCUGUUAACAUUAAAAAUAAAUGACUAAAUGGAGUUGCCUCUUCCAUAUUACAAUCACAGAUUUGAAAACCAGUAUUUAAAAGUGCAAAGUAUUAAAAUAUAUUACAAACACA